AUGAAUGAUGGCCUGUUUGCCAGUUUGGACAAGCUUCUGUUAGAAUUUGUUUUUCAGUAUGAGCAAGACAGAAGUACUAAAGAAGAUAUGGUUCAAAGAAUUAAUAAAUGUUUUGAAGAUAUUAAAGAAAACAAAGACACUAUUCGUAAGAUACAUGAAACCAUAAGUACAACAGAUGAGGAAAUUACUCAUUACUGUAAACAUAGUAAGGAAAUCAAAGACAGCUGUAGUAAUUGGAAGCCAACAUGUGAUGUCUUUCAUAAACAUGAAGAUUAUAUGCAGGACCAGUUUACUGUUUAUCAAGAAACUAUUGAAAAUGACAAAAAAAUGUAUCAUGAUUAUAUCUGUCAGUAUAAAGAUGUUUUGAAGCAGUACCAAGUGAAAUACUCAGAAAACCAUAUUUCACGUGAAUAUUAUGAGAAAAAAAGAGAAUAUGAAGAAAUUCAAAACAGAGUAGUGGCUUGUAGUGAACAGCUAAAAAUGCAUGAAACUAUUCUCAUGGAAUUUCUAGUACCUGCUCCCUUUUCAUCACUUACCAAAUGGACACUAUAUAUAGUUAAUUUGAGAAAUGAAACAGAAAAUAUUCUUAAAAGUGUCAACAAUAUCACCAAAAGUUCAUCUGAAUUGAAGAAAAAAAUAGGUGAAAUGGAAAUUGAAAUUAAUUCUUUAAACAAGCAAAUCACACGAUUUUAUGAAACUAAGACUCUUUCAGAAACUUUGGAAGAAAAUAACAAAAAUACAGAAAAGAGGAAGGAAUUGAAAGAAAGAGUUUUUGAAAAAGAUGAACAUGUGCUUGUAUUGAAUAAUCCUUUACAAAGCAGUGAAUUAUUUCUGCCUUAUGAAUCUCAGAAAUUACUGAGACCAAUAAAGAUGCAUUCUUCACGACCAAGAGUUACAGAUGAAGAAGAAAGUGCCAUCAAACAGUCACAGAUUGCCAAUGUUGACUUCAGACAAAAAGAAAAUGAUAUACAAGUAUUUUCUGACUCUGGUAUGAGUGAUAUUACAGCUAUUAAAAGUUCACAAAGUUGUUUGCAAUUCAGUAAUGAUGCAGAAUGUGGAGAUAAAGGUACAGUAAGACAAUUGAGAGAAUCAAACUGUACUUCACAAGCAACAUGUACAGAACAGUUUGAAAAGCCAAUAGAAAAUACUAGUGACAAAGUAGAAGAAAGGGCUGAAAUGUUUUCACAAAAUCCUGAAACUCCUAUAUUUUUAAGAAAUGAAGCUGUAAAGACACCUGAAUCUUUGGGGAAAAUACAGAUUCCAAAAAGUCCCUUGUUUGAAAUAAAUAGAAAUACAGUACCUGAAGGUCAAACACAGAAAUCUCCUGGAUUUUCAUUUAUUACAAGUUUUGCUACUAGAUCACCAGGAUUGAAUUUAUUUGACUCCUCUGUAUUUGAUUCAGAAAACUCAUCAGAUCAGUUUAAUGAGCAUUAUUCUGCAGCAAAUUUAAAUCCUCCCUCAUCACAAGAAAUUGGAAACUUAUUUGGGAAACCAGAAGGAGAAGAUGCCUUUAUGUUUUCUUUUCCAUCAGACACUUCAGCUCAUACAUUUGGAGCUGUAAAAGAUGAUUUUAGCUUUCCAUUUUCUUUUGAAAAAAGUCAAAACACACAACCAUCCUCUUUAAAAGAUUUUUCACCUUCCUCACAAAAUACAACACAAUUUACAUUUUUUUGA